AUGAAUCAGUUGACUGGGAUUGAAGAUGCGGAGAAAAUAUUGCACACGUUAAGAAACGGCGUGAACUCGUUACAUCAGACGACUGCGAAAGUUCGAACGGAAAUCGCAGAGCCGCACAAAAUUGUGAGCGCGAAAACGAAGCAACUAGAACGGCUAACGACGACCACAGAUGUUUUGCACAGAGUUGUACGCGCGGUAAAGCUGACGCAACGCUUGCGAGCGUGCGUAGAAAGUAGCGAUAGUAGCGGCGGUGGUAGAAACAACAGCAAUAGCACCAAUAGCAGCAGUAGCAGCAUUGAUUUUGCGAAAGCUGCAAAGUUAAUCCACGAACUGAGAGAGCUCGAGAUAGAGGCGAGUGAUAGUUUGGUUGGCGUUGAAUGCGUCGACGCGCAGCGCGAAUGGGUCGUUCAAGUCACGAAACUCGUUCGCAGAGAAGCAAACGAGGCUCUGAAAAAAGGUAUGGAAGUACAAUCGCAAGCAGACGUCGGGAACGCUUUGCAAGUGCACUACAACUUGGACGAGUUAUCGAUUGCCGUGGACGUGCAAGUGAAUCAGUACGCGUCGAUUGCGAUUGAAUCAGUAAAAGAAGCUACGGAUUGGCAGAAAAUUCAAAGCGCUGCGUCUUCGCUGGCGUCCAAGUCCUCGAGUGGGUUGAAUAGCAAUAACAACAACAGCACUCACAGCGCUUAUACCAACCGAAGCGGCGUUUCUGGAGGUCAAGAGGAGAUUUACCAAAACGUUCUCUGGGAGCGACUCGAAUCGUGCUUUGAAGUCGUGCACGAAUCGGCGAUGAGUGUUUGGCAUUUACAACGCGUCUUGGCAAAAAAGCGAGAUCCACUCUCUCACGCGCUCUUUUUAGACGAAGUUUUGAAACGCGAAAGUUCCAACGGUGGCAGUUUCAUGCAUCAAAAUAAUGCCUCUUCCGCCAUGGAUAAUUUACCGUGCGCAAAGUUUUGGGUCAUGUUAGGAAAAGGAAUGACGGAUCACAUGAGCAAAACGCAUGCCUCCGCUGGUUUUGUUCGCGACGUUUUGUUGCAAGGAUUCCCACAUCUGAUGAAUAUCAUCGAAUCAAUGCACGAUCGAUGUUCGAAAGACGGCGAUGCUAAAGGUGUGCCAGGUUGCGUUCGUAAAGACGGCGCGGAUCUCUCGAUCUUGAGACGAUCCACGGAUGCUAUUUCGCACACUUUUUUCUCGAGAUCGUACAAUCGAUUAUCGGAGCCAAUCAACUCUGGAUUUUCAUCAGGACGAAACAUGAGUCGGGGCGAUUCGGAUAAGUUUCUGGCGAGAAUCAGAGAAGAGAUGAUUUCUGUCGAAGGGCACGCGAGUUUAGUGAACUCUUGCGCCGGCGGCGUCUCGAAAGCUUUGAAGUUGCUCGCACAGAAAGCCGAGUAUUCGAUUUCCUCAACGGAUUGGACGGCAGAGAAGCAGAGGAUUUAUGCCGGAGAGCCACCUUCUUCUUUGCAAAGAAUGAGUCUAGCGCUUGCCACGGAGUUGAAUUAUAUCGUCGAUUUACUCCAACCGGUGGUGAAUCAAUACUCGACGGUACCAAAGACGUCUUUGCAAGCCGGCAUCGAUAGAAUGAAGGAGGCAUGCUUCGGCGCUCUAUCUCCGAUUUUCGAAGCGUUGGAGGAAAAAGUAGAAAAGUUCAUUUUGAUGCGCGUGCACGACGAAGACUGGGAAAACAACUCGAACCCGUUGCCCGGAGGAAGUUCGUACGUCUCUAGUUUAACGACGACGCUGAAAUUAUUCCAAGAGAAUUAUCUCAACGGAUUGAUAUCGGGACAUUUUAGCAGUAGUUUCGGCGGAGAGACAUCGAGUAGCAGUCACCAUGCCUCCUCGUCUUCCGGAAGAAGUGGCAUCGGUGGUCUUCAAGGUAUAUCGUCGACAAGUACCGGUCCUAUAUUUGAAAAAUGCGGGGAAACGUUCGAAAACGUCAUCGAUUCUUUCGUGCGAAACGCGUCGUUGAUUCAAAAACUGUCCAUUUCUGGCAGUAAUCGUUUGGCGAAAGAUUGUGUAGAAGUCGAAGCCGCGUUGCGUUCACACUUGUUGUUCUUUGGACCGUUGACGUCCGACGACGCGAAAAUUGCAAACUUGCACGCGUUUAAACGUCUGAUGUUUUGCGAUAACCGGCAAAUUUUAAGCGUCGUUGGUAAAAGUAAUUCACCGGACGCGAGUAAAAUGCUGCUCUUGGAGAUUCACCACUUGUAUUCACAGUGCGAUUCGACGAAGAUAACCACGCCAUGGGCGCGAGCCGGUAUGAAUCCAAAGCAAUACUACACUUGGUGGAAAGCGCAAAAAGAUGUGAAGGAAGUUUUGCGUGGCGUUCAAGGAAGUUUGGACGCCUCGAAAGCCGAAGACGACGUGACGAGGACGAUGCGCGAACUUUGCAAACUCUUAGACGACACUGUUGCAAUACGAUAA